UCGGUGCUGAUUACUGCCACAGAAAGGUACUCUGCUGCAUCAAACAACAACCAAUAACGAUUAUUAACAACCCACGAGUCGACAUGCUGCGAAUUGGGAGUCGGAGGUUGUCGUCGUCGUCGUCCUCCUCCUCCUCCUGGUUAUGGAGGCCAACCCAAGCGGCCGCCCAUCCCCUACCUUCCUCCACCAAGGACAACAACCGCCCAGCAGUCCCCCUUCCAGACCACUUUACCUCCAAGUCCAAUCCCUUUUUCUCUGCUCCUACUUUCACUCUUCAUCCCCGUUUUCACCUUCCACCACCAGCAAGAGGCUUCGCUUCCGAGUCCCUCACCCCUAAGAGUGAAAAAAACCUGAUGCCUGAAGUUCCAGCAACAGUGGCUGCUAUCAAGAAUCCAUCACCAAAGAUAGUUUAUGAUGAGUACAAUCAUGAGCGCUACACCCCAGGUGACCCCAGCAAACGGGCCUUUGCCUAUUUUGUCUUAACUGGUGGUAGAUUUGUAUAUGCCUCCCUCAUCCGCCUCCUUAUUCUCAAGUUUGUCCUCAGCAUGUCAGCCACUAAGGAUGUUCUUGCACUGGCUUCCCUUGAGGUUGAUCUCUCUAGCAUUGAGCCUACCACUGUUACUGUGAAGUGGCGUGGAAAACCAGUAUUUAUCAGGCGCAGAACUGAGGAGGAUAUCAAACUGGCUAAUAGUGUUGACGUGCAAUCCCUUCGUGACCCGCAGGAAGACUCUGAGAGGACUAAAGAUCCAGAAUGGCUUGUUGUCAUUGGCGUCUGCACUCAUCUGGGUUGUAUCCCUCUACCAAAUGCCGGUGAUUUCGGUGGCUGGUUUUGCCCUUGUCAUGGUUCCCACUAUGACAUCUCUGGUAGGAUUAGGAAAGGCCCAGCUCCCUACAACCUGGAAGUACCUACUUAUACCUUUUUGGAUGAGAAAAAUUUAUUGAUUGGUUGAGAACUCGGAAAAAGAGUGAUAUUUCAGGUAUCAAAGAUACAAAUCCACAUCAAGUUUCUGUGAUGGGUGUUGCUGAUAGUUUAUGUUUUCAACCCUCUUCUCUUGGGCAUGUUUAGGAUUUUUUUUUGGUAUUUUUGAUCCUUUUUUAUGUUGGACCUGCUCAGCUUCAAUAAGCCGUGUUUCCUAAUACUCCUGCGUCAUGUAACGCGCCAGUUAGUGUGAGAUGAUUGAAAAGUCGGAGUUUGUUCCUGUUUGCUGUCAA